GUUGACAAAAAUGCUGAAUUGGUGGCAAGAUGGUAUUACUGUGCUCUGAGUCAAGAGAAGUUAUGUCGGCCAAUUGUAGCCUGUGAGCUAGGCAGGUUGUAUAAUAAAGAUGCCAUCAUUGAAUUUUUGUUGGACAAGUCAGCUGAUAAGACUCCUAUGGAAGCUGCAUCACAUAUCAAGAGCAUUAAGAAUGUAACAGAACUAAACCUUGCAGAUAAUCCAGCUUGGAGUGGUGAUAAAGAGAGUAUUAAAGGUGACAAAUAUGAUGACAUCCAGUCUGCACGCUUUAUUUGCCCUGUGGUGGGAUUGGAAAUGAAUGGAAGACAUAG